GGCUGGCACAGUAGCACCUGUAUCCUGAUGUCACAGAUCUAUGUAACACAAACCUUUCUUUAAUGCAAAACUGUGCGCGUCAUAGCUUAACCUACAUACCAUAAUGAACGGCCAGAGAAGACUGAGCAGCUUCCCAGCGACAAGCCCUGAACAAACCAAAGCCAAAGCUGAAACAAAAGCAGAUGCAAAUGGGAAAAGUAAAGAGAAAAGGGAUCACCAGAUUACUGACAGCGAGGAUCAGUCUCAGGAGCGCGCAGAGGACAAGAGCGCGCCAAAACGGGGAAGCAGGAAGCAACGGACUGAAAAGGAUAAAGAUCCUAAUGACUGCGAAAGUGAGGACAAACCUCACAAAACCCCAGCACCAAAACGGACAACCAUUCAUAGACCGAGUAAAAAGCAGAAGGAUCUCAGUCAGUCUCAGGAGAUCUCCGAGGGUAAGUGCGAAGAAAACUGCGCUUCGACAUCUAGAAGAGCUUCUGUUCCCAAUAACGCAAACAAUGUUGACGGGAAUGACAAACAAGACAGGGCGAAAAGCAAGCAACAGAUUAAAAAGAAUGACUGUGAAAGUGAAGGCAAACCGCAGCAGACAGCUAAGAGCAAGUCCGAUGAGAAACCAGCACCAAAACGACUGAGUAAAAAGCAGAGAGAUGCUUUAAGUUUUGACAAAGAAGCAGCUCUGGAGAGCCCCCAAAGCAAAUCGGAAGCAAAAUCCACAAAAAAUCCUGGAUCUGCUACUGAAACGGUUUUUCCUGAGGACGCUUCUCCAGCGGUUAGCGCGCGCAGCUCUGACCGCCAAAAGAAAAGCGCAAAAAAAGCAACUGCAACGAGAGGACAAAGCGUCGAUGACACACUGGGAAAGGUUCUCAAGGCAACUAUUGACAAAUUAAAGAUCAAGAAGAGCGAGCGGUCUAAUGCGUCCAGUUAUGUUAAUAACAUCACGGAUAAAGUCAUUACACACCUGAAACAAAACUUGACCUGGUGUGAACACAUCGAGAGGUUACGAACUGGAAGUUAUUAUGAAAACCUCAAGAUUUGUGAACCAGAUGAAUUUGAUGUGAUGCUGACUAUUCCUGUGGAGCGAGUGGACAUUCAGAAGUUUGAUACGGCCGGAGCGUUUUACAGUGUUGCAUUGAAAAGACAUUCGAAGAAGCAUGCUCUGGACAGAUUCCUAAAAGAAGACAAGACCAUUCAGGCCAGUGAAAUGCUGAUUGAAUUCAGAGAUGCCGUCAAGGAGGCUGUGGAGAAACUCCCAUACCAAAUUAAUGUACAGCGAAAAAAGCCAAGAUGCCCUGCAGUGACGCUGGAAGUAAAAAUGAAAGAAAAUGGAAAGACUAUUUACAUCGACUUCGUUCUUGGUCUUAAGGUUCAUUGUGCAAGCUGGCCAGACUUUACAAAAGAUGGCUUCGAAAUAGAAAACUGGCUUGGUAAAAAGGAGAAAGAUAAUAUGAAGCGUCAACCAUUCUAUCUGGUUCCUAAAUAUGAGGGAAAGGGAAACGCAGAGCAUGAUGGACUGGUUGCAAAAGAUGCCUGGCGAAUUUCUUUUUCACACGUCGAAAAAGAAAUUUUGAAAAGGCAUGGUCAGUCCAAGACAUGCUGUGAGGUCGUUGGACAGAAAUGUUGCCGGAAGGAGUGUCUAAAGCUACUGAAGUAUCUUCUUCAACAGCUCGAAGAGGAUGAGUCCAAAUCCAGUAAGAUGGCCAGCUUCUGCUCCUAUCAUGCAAAGACCACCCUUCUCCAUGCUUGUGCUACAAGGGGGACCGACAGCGAGUGGGCAGACAGUCAGCUGGCCGACUGCUUCAAGCAGCUUUUAGGAGACUUUGUGCAACACCUGAGAAAACGGCAUCUCCCUAACUUUUUCAUUCCAUCCCAUAAUCUCUUACAACAAGCCUCCCCGAGUAGCUGUGAUUUCCUGGCAAAUGAAAUUGAAUUCCAGCUAGAUAAGAGAUUUCCUAUUUUCAGUUAAUUCUGAUUUUCUGUUUAUUGUAUUCAUGCAUGUUUUGUUAUUUCAUCUUAACAGACGAUCAUUGCUUAAUACCAUUUAGUAACACAUAUACCAGAUAGUUUUAUCGGUUUUUAUUUGAUAUACAUUCAACUGAACAAGAUUGUUACAUCAUCUACAGUUGGGGGUAUUUUACCUCAAUUUCUCAAUCAGUGUAGAUAAAAAACAACUUAAAUACUAAACUGGGGGGGGGGGGGUAUUAAAAUAAAUAAAUGCAUAUGAAAUGAAUAAGAGUUUCUUAAACCUAACAUAACUUAUACGGCCAAUUAAAAGGACUUCACAGGUCAAAUGAGAGGAUGAACGUGAACUCCAGUGAGUAUAUUCAUAGUUACAUCAACCUGAAAGAUACAAUUAAAGAUCAAUACUACUGCUGGUACAACAGAUACAAAUUUGGGUUGGAACAUCUGGUAAACAUUGAGAAAUUUUGGUUGAAUCAUGGAUAAUUUUAAUUAAUCUUAAAUUUGUUGUGAAGUAAAGUAAAACAUUUCCGUCUGUCUGAUGUUACUGAAACUAUGUAAAACUAAAUAAAUUAAUGCAACAAAUAUUACCUCACAAGCGUUCAUCAGAACCGCCGAUCUGAGUCUAAAACUACCUCUCUGUCCUCCUCUGGGUGCAAACAUUUUUUUCUCCCUCUGGUGCUUUUCGUAACUUUCCACCAUCAGUACCAGUUCUUCUGGUACAUCUUAAAGAAAGGACAAAUGCUUCCAUUUAACCGAAUUCUCUAUUAGGAUGCUGUGUACAUAUAUAGUAGUAAACAUACUAAAGACAAUCUCAACAUUUCAUGGAAUGAGGCAUUAUUCUCUAUAGUAUACAUAAAGCAAAUUACUUUUUGUUACAAUGUGUAAGACCUUUUACUGGCAGAAGGUGGU